UCGCAGUGAAAGUCAAGUCACACACCCACACACACACAGAUACAAGGUUUUUUUUUUUUUUUUUUUUUUUUUUUUGUGUGUGUGUGUGGGCAAGGGUUAGUGGGGAAAGCAACGCAAGAAGCUUUAAGGCCAAGAGAUGAAGAAAGCACGCGUGGACGUUAGUGGUGGUGAUGGGAGCGUGAAGGACAACAACAUCAACGGCAAUCCUGAUCACGAUGAGGAUAAGGAAAAGGAUAAGGAAAAGGAUAAGGGUAAGGAUGAGGAUAUGGUGCUGGACUUUGGCACAGCGUUUCAAGGAAGUGUGUUUGAGAAAUUCCACGUCUUGCCACGUCAGCUUGCUAGUCUGGAGACGGAUAUCUUCCGCAGCGACGUCAGACUCUUCCUGAAUUUUAUCGAUGAGCCCGGGGGAAUUCAUCUCAUGGUCAAAAGUGUUGAGGAAUUUGGCGCCGAGUUUGCUAAUUUUUCGAUAGACCAGGGCUGUAGUUCGAUGACAUUUGUUGAUGCACUCAGCAAUAUGGUGAAGAGAUUUGCCGCCGACUUCUUGCGACCUUAUCAAGAAGAUAUGGUCGAUUCGGCUGACAAGGAUAAGGACAAAGCUAAUGAGGAGGAUGACGAUAAACGUGAGGAUGAAUAUGAGGAUAAGCCUCAGGAUAAGGAUGAGCAUAAGGACGAUGUUUCCAUCCAUCACAUGGAUCCUGAGCAUGAGAAUGCCGAGGAGAAAGAGGAGGAGGAGGAGGAGAAGGAGGAGGAGGAGAAGGAAGUCUUAUUCAUUGUGGCGAGGGAUUUCUUUGUGCAUGGUGUGGAUCGAAGUGUUAUUCAUCAUGGGCUUUCUUCGUGCAUCAUUCUUACGUCGGCCAUCCCCACCACCGGUGAGGAAAAGAAGAGUGAAGUCGAGUAAAGUGAUUCUGGGACACCCUUGCGUGGCUUCUGUACACCGAUUCGGCCCAUUGGUGGUUUCUCUUUCGGGGUUUCGGGUGAAGAUGAGCACAGUUUGCGGGAGCGUCUAAGGAGGCGUGCCAUUGAAAUGGCGGAAGGGCACUCAUCUACUCCACAUUGUGCACAACAUUUGUCUUUCCACUCUGAUGUAGCUCCACGUGACAAGUGUCGUGCUGGGUCUUCUGGUUUGUCACCCAUCACUUCCGCCGACCACGUUACCAGUGCUUCUCCUACGCAGAGGGGGGGGGCUGCCAGCACGCCACCGGUGUCAGACGUGGCCGGAGGAGCAGGUGGGUCCUCGUUAUCUCCGGCAGGACAUGGCAGCCCAUAUAGCCCAAGCGUGGCAUCUCAGCAUCAGGUUCCAUCGGAGUACUUGAUAAAUCGUCUAAUUCGGGACAUUGAGGAUGGCAUUUCCCCCGCUCAUAAUGCUGCAGACACUGCAGCUGCGGACAAUGUCGGUGGCAAUGCAGCUGCCCCUUCACGAACACCUCCUCGCCAAUCCGGUGAUCCGACGCCUGUGAAUCGCACACCCACCCGGGCCGGUGCCCGCGGUGAAUCUAGCGAGAGCCCUUCGGGUGUAGUCCGUGAGGCAGGAACUUCUCCUGCUGCACGUCCCCAGGGACAGCAAGGUCGGGCAUGUCCCUCUGAAAAGAACAAGGACCGUUGGGGGGAGGACGAGACUGCAUGGUUGUGCCGGUUCCGCAAUGAGGUCACGUUGCUGAUGAUUGAGGAUACAGAGGCAUACGGACGGGCAGGGGUGAAGGGGAACUUCUGGAAGUUCGUGGAGCUGCGUAUGAAGGAGAAGGGUUACAAUCGCGAUCACGAGCAGUGCAAGAACAAGUUCAACCAAGUGAUAGAGUACUACCGGAAACUGAAGUGUCAUGAGCGAUGUCCGGACUUCCGAGCUACUGGGACAUGAACAACACGAGACGGAAAAAAUACAACGUCGAUUUCGUACUGCGUCGAAGUUGGUAUGACAUCA